UUGCUCCACCCAAAGAGGAUAUGCACGGGGAGCUUAGAAAGGCUGAAACAAUUCAACCUGAAGCACAACUUUCCCCUGUACGAGGGUAAAGUCCUGUGCUCGUGUAUGAAAUCACAUGGCAUUUUAAGAAUGCUUCAAAGAUGGCGGUAGCAUCGGCGCUUUGCGGGAACAGAGCGCAGAGAAGCGCGUGUGUGGAGGUGCUGGUGCGGGAGCGAUGGCACGCGGUGUUCGCGAGUUUAAGCGACGAGUCUCUGACGCUCAGCUGCGAGGAUCCCUCCGGAGAGCCCGACGUUAACCUAAACGGCAUCACCACUAACGGCUCUUACGAUCACCCGGACAGUCCCAGGAGUCCGUACGCGGAUUCCCAAGUGCCCGAAGCGAUCGCGAACCGAAAAAGAUGCGUCAAAGUGGCCAAACAGGAGGUCGGAGGACUGGGUAUCAGUAUUAAAGGUGGGAAGGAGAAUAAGAUGCCCAUUCUUAUUAGUAAGAUCUUUAAGGGUCUGGCUGCGGAUCAAACGCAAGCGCUUUACGUCGGAGACGCGAUCCUGUCCGUUAACGCGAUCAAUCUGCGGGACGCCACGCACGACGAGGCGGUGCAGGUGCUGAAGAAAGCAGGCAGAGAAGUUGCGCUGGAAGUUAAGUAUAUGCGGGAAGCCACCCCAUAUGUGAAAAAAGGGUCACCGGUGUCUGAGAUUGGCUGGGAGACCCCUCCGCCUGAGUCACCACGUCUUGGCAGCCCUCACUCUGAAACUCCCAACCCCCUCUCGCUAUCGAUACAGGGCGACCGCCGAUACAUCUCCCUCAAAAUGUGCUACAUCAGCCGCAGCAUGACUGUCCCUGACCCAGAAAACAGACAGCUGGAGCUGCACUCCCCUGAUGCAAAGCAUACAAUUGUCAUGCGUUUUAAAGACACGUCUUCAACCCAGACCUGGUUUACCCUGAUGCAGUCAACCAUCACAAACCUCAUCAGCAAAGUCAUCGGAGAAGUUGGAGAACACGCGGGUCGGCACGGCAUUGCCGGCAGCAGAGAUAUCCGGCACCUCGGUUGGCUGGCGGAAAAGUCUGAAAGCGAGAGGCAGCGCUGGAAGCAGGUGCUUGUUGUGUUGACGGAGAAAGACCUGCUGUUGUUUGACAGUAUGCCACGGAUGAGAGAGCACUGGCUCAGCCCCACACACGCCUACCCUCUGCUCGCCACACGGCUGGUUCACUCUGGCCCAGAUAAAGGUUCACCGCAGCCUGGCAGCGAGUUAUCCUUUGCCACACGGACUGGAACCAGAUUGGGUAUCGAAACCCACCUCUUCAGGGCGGAGACCUGCAAAGAUCUCUCACUAUGGACCAGACACAUUGUCAGUGGCUGCCAUGCAUCUGCUGAGAUGAUCAAAGAGGUCACUACCAGUUGUAUGUAUCAAGGUCAGGACUGUCGGCUGGUUAUUCACUAUGAACGGGGGUUUUCAGUAAUAGCUGAUAGAGAUGAAUGCUCUCUGGCUCAACCACUGUUUAGCUACCCCUUUGAAAAUCUGAAGAUGUCUGCAGACGAUGGCGUGCGGAUCCUGUAUUUGGAUUUCGGGGGAAACGAAGGGGAAAUUCAACUGGACCUGCACUCCUGUCCCAAACCUAUUGUCUUUAUCCUUCACUCCUUCCUGUCUGCCAAGAUUGCACGGCUUGGAUUGGUAGCUUGAGAUCAAACUCUUAUAGUCCGAAACAAUGAUGCGAUUAUCCAAGCAUGGAGAUGGGAGAACUGGGACAUGAUGGAGCUCACUCGACUCAAAGAGGGAAAAGACGCCGUAGUACAUCAGACCUCUGAAUGAUUUUAUUUACACUUGAGUAAUGAUAAACUGUGUAAUUUUCAGAAAAAUUAUUAUAGUGAAAUGAUUUCACAUCAACUGAUUUUCUAAGAAUGAAUCAAGUUAUGUAAUGAACACUAACUUGUGAUUGGACCUGAAACAAUACUGAAUGUAUUGUCCAAUACAUGCUACAUCCUUGACGGCAAAGUAUUGAGCACUUAUUAAACCUUUAACAUUAAUGUAAUGUUGAGAAGGAAGGAACAUGUGUGUAUGACAGCUUUUUGUGUAUUUACAUCUGUCUGGCAGCUAUUGUGGAUUAAAGAAAGGCUAGUUUUUAAACUCUAUUAAUGCA